GAGGGAAAGGAGCCACUUACACAAAACAGUUGGGAGUAAACGCCUUUCAGUCAUCCCUCCAUCAUGCCGGCUGAACCUCGUCGGACAUCUCGCAAGCAAGCCAGCGAGGAGGACGUCGAGCUCAAGCGUGCUCGUGGUGAGAUAUCCUGCGCAGAAUGCCGGAGGUUGAAGCUAAAGUGCGACAAGAAGUUACCUUGCGGCUCUUGCGUACGAAGGGGCUGCACAACUAUAUGUCCCAAUGGCAGUCUAUCGGCGGGGCAAGGUACACGGUUUAUAUUGGCGGAUACGGAUCAGCUUCAUCGCAAGAUAUCAGAGAUGAGUGAACGAAUACGACAGCUAGAGGAUGCGCUUGCUAUCUUCCAAGCCGGAGUUUCAAGCGAGAGGCACCCGUUGCUUCGUGAUGAACUCCUUAGCAUUAAAUUUGGACCCGAGGUCCGGCGAACUGUAGAUGAAGAACACUCAAGGAAUGCUCUUUCUCAAACAAUUGACGCUUUGGGGACCCUCACCGUGGGUGACCACGGGGAGACGAAAUUCAUCGGUCGUUCAGGUGGCACAGAAACUUUGUUCAUGGCAUUUGAUUCGCCCGAAUGGGGCGCCGAACCAGAGGAUUCAGUGGAACUUGAACUACCCACCCUUGACCACGAACUUGCGAACCUUUCUAUCACCUUCCCUCUGAACGUUGUUCCUGAAGGCGUCGACGCCAUACUCGAUAAACUUGAGAAACACCUCCCGCCACAUCCUCGAGCCUGGGCUCUUUGUGAGGCAUACUUGGAACAUUUCACUUGGUGGUUCCGACCACUCAAACGCGACGAACUCAUUGACGAGAUCCUCUCACCGAUAUAUAAAUGCCUUACUGAUCCCAACAGACGUAGCUACUUUGCCAUAUCGCAGCAGGAUAAUCGCUGUCCUCAUCGACUUGCCGUCUUAUACUUCAUUCUGGCUAUCGGUGCUUUGGUCGACCUGACGCUUCCUGCGUGCAACGUCGAGGCAGAGAAGUAUUUUCAGCUGGGUCGAGCCACACUCUCGCUUCGGUCUAUAUUCGACUCACCGGAGGUCGAGACGGUACAGGCUGUGUCGCUGAUGGCUGCGUACCAGAGCGCCUGCUCCCAGCGGUAUAGUAACGAUAGCGCGUGGUCCGUUAUAUCGCUUGCUGUUAAACUUGCGCAGAGCCUUGGUCUUCACAGGGAUAGCUCUCAAUGGAAGCUUGAUCCUAAAAUAGUCCAGCGCCGCAGGAACCUUUUCUGGGAAUUGGCAACGUUCGAGGCAACCCAUUGCAUUUCACUUGGUCGACCGACAUCGAUAUCUGAGGUCCAUAUCGAUUGCGAACUCCCGCUUGAUGAAGAGGAAACCAUCGGUGAAGAUGGGGAGAAGAUUAGUGGUUUCUGGUUCUGGAAGAUGAAUUACGCCAAGACUGUGUUCAUCAAGGUCAUCGACACAUUACUUUCCGCCAAAGCACCCAACUACGAGAGUGUUUUGGAAAUGGACAGAAAGAUCCGACAAGCCGAAUUGCCCAAAGUCAAGUUAUACCUCAAACCCGGCGAAGAUGAUUAUACAGAUCCUGGAGCCUGCAUGAGGAGCUACCUCAUGUCGCAAAUUCGCUCAAUUUCUAUGCUCGCUAUUCAUAGGACCUUCUUCGCUCAAGCACUCCUUGACCAUCCGACUAAUCCUCUCCGAAGUCCAUACGCGCCCUCGUUCCUUUCCAUCAAUCGUUGUGCUUGCAUCCUGAUUAGGUCUUUCCUGCACCACUUUGAGAGGAGACCUGAUUUGUGCGGACGGUUCUGGAACAUCUGGACCCACGCGUUCACAGCUGCAGUGGUCCUGGGUUCAACGGUGAAAUGGUGUCCAAGUGCCACCAUGGCUCCUAGUUCGUUGAUCGAGUUAGACCUCGCAAUCGAGCUAUUCAAGAGGGGCGCUAAUUCAUCGCCUAGGGCCCGUAUGGCCGUACCUAUCCUUACUCGUCUCAAAGAGAGAGCCACACUUGCAUAUCAGCAGUUCCGCAACAGGCGUAUUGCACCGACAACCUUGGACAUUCAAAUGGACAUGGGGCCUGAAGACACAAGUGAGGACAAGUUAGCUAUGUUUGGUGGCCAGACAAGAGUGGUCUCCACGAAGCUUUUAACAAGAAAGCGGCCAAAGAACGCAGGUGUCGCUACCCACAGUCCUUCUGCCAGUACCAGCAGGUCAACUACAGCGAGUAGUGAUACAAGUCCAAGGUCGAGACAUGCGUCAGACAGUCCUGUAAGGCAUGACCCUCCAUCACCUGCUGACUCAGUCGCCACACCCGCCGAGAGCAUACCAGAAAGCCUCAUGGCUGCGUUCAAUGAAGUUCAUCCCACCCUAGUUGAAUAUCUUUCGUUUUUCCCUUCCUCAGCCGCUGUUGUCGAUACAUCAAAGUGCCUCGUCGAUCCUCCCACUGCUUCGUCAUCAUCUAUACCUAACUCACCCCCAACGAUACCCAACAGUCAAACCUCGUUACCCGCGUCUUUCGUCCGGCCGCAACAACCAUCCUCUUCUAUGUCUCCUUUCGCGUCUCCCCAGAACACCCAUAUCUUUCCUCAAUCAAAUUUCAACUACUACGCUGGACCUUCUCAGCCCACUGAAACCCACCGGGCAAUGGAAACCAACGCCGUGUUUGCCAUGGGCCCCAACGGGAAUGAUGUAGUUGGGAUUCCGCAGAUGCUAAACUUCUCUGACGAAAUGAUGGAUGAGCAGUGGAUGAACUUGAUGCGGGACACUGGUGUCUUUGAUGUUGGGAAUGGAUACACCAAUGGGUUCAACUUUCCAGGUCCCUCCCAACAAUCUAAUGGCAAUGGGAGUAAUUACCAACCACCAAAUGGAAUGAUAUAGUUACUGUUACGAUUAUUUACGACUCGCAACUCACAUUACAUUGUAUUUUUGCUUUCGGCUUUGCUCUAGCUUGCUUACGCUAUCUAUGUCCUGUCCCGUAAUACAUGCAUCUGUAGUCAUUAUGUCUGUAUCCUCGGAUUCCGUCCUGCAACUUAUACUGUAUGUUAUUUAUUGCUCUCUGAUUGUUUAGAACAAUAUAUUGCAGUCAUUGUCCUGAUUCUAUAUCU